AAAGGGGCAUGACCAAGCCGGUCGUGCAACUCCUCUCGAACCGACUAGGAGUAUAAAAGCUCGGCAAAGCAGCGUUUAGAAGCAUCAGUCUCAUCCAAACCAUCACAACAUCAACAUGAAGGUCUUCAUUUGCGUCGUUCUCAUCGCUGUCGUUGCUGUCAACGGCCAGUCUUAUCCUAAGAAGCCUGCUCCGGCUUACCCUUCUCCGUCUUACCCAUCUUACCCAAAACCAUCCUAUCCUUCUUACCCUAAACCAUCUUAUCCUUCUUACCCUAAACCAUCGUACCCUCCUGCGGAUUAUGCCAAGCCAGCAUACCCGACAUAUCCUCAAACUUACGAUGCUCCGAUGCCCUACAACUUCGAAUGGGCCGUUAAAGAUGACUACAGUAACAACAACUACAACCACCAGGAGACCGGUGACGACAAGGGAUACGUAACCGGCUCUUACAGCGUCGAUCUCCCCGACGGUCGCAAACAGACUGUUGAAUACAAGGCUGACGACUACACUGGAUACGUGGCCGAUGUGAAAUACGAAGGCGAGGCCCAAUUCCCCGAGUCCAAGCCGGCACCAUACAAGCCAGCUGCUUCUUACCCGGAAUACAAGCAACCGGCUUACCCAACUUAUCCAGCACCUUCGUCAUACCCAAAGCCAACUUAUCCCAAACCAAGUUAUCCGAAACCCGCUUACAAGUCCGAGUAUCCAGCUCCAACUUAUCCUUCUUACCCUCCUCCUACUUAUCCGUCUUAUCCUCCUAGAUACCCCACAAGAUAUUAAAUUUAUUUUCCUGAGAAAUCCCUGAGAAAUCUAUGACAAUGCAAUAACCUAAAUCCCAUUUUAUAUAACUACUAUGUGAAGAAGAAUAUUUAUAUGCAAUAAAAUUAUUGUCGCACAAUUUA